AUGGGUAUCUUCAAGGGAGGCGCUCUCCGUCUGUUGCAGACCGCUCUCUAUUUCCUCUGUUUCUGCUGUGCUGCCAUCAUAAUCGGCAUCUUCAGUUACUUCCUUGCCGUCCUCGCAGACCACAACCUUGACAUCCCUACCAGAUGGAAGGCCGUUGAGGGUCUCUCUGGUGUCAUCACCUUGUACACUAUCUGCACAGUUCUUCUGACAUGCUGCUUGGCUGGUAUCACCUUCCUCUCCAUCCUUGGCCUGAUCUUCGACCUCCUCUGCAUGGGUGGCAUGAUUGCUAUCGCAGUCUUGACCCGUGAGGGAUCCAACAGCUGCAAGAACUAUGUCAGAACUCCUCUUGGUAACGGACCUGCCAACAACGCGAUUGCCUUUACUGAGGGCAGCCACCACUUCGCUCCUCACCUCGGCACCGCUUGCAAGCUCAACAAGGCUGUCUUCGCCGUUUCCAUUGCCGGAGCUGUCCUGUUCCUCUUCACUGCUCUUAUGCAGCUCGCUCUCAUGCGCCACCACAAGAAGNNGGAGAAGAGAUACGGCCCCAGCCCCUCCAACGACUACACCUCUGGCAGCGCUCCCAGACGCGGUCUCUUUGUCAGAAAGCCCAAGACCGUCCCCACUGAUGACUACGUCGAGAAGGGUGUCGUUCCUGCUGCCCCUGUCGCCGCUCAAACCAUUCGCCCCUCUCACGACACUGCCUACUCUGGCAACACCGCUGUCGGCCCCAACCCCACUGUUAUUCAGAAGGAGGGUCUUACUCACGAUGGCCAUGCUCCUCACGUUGGCUACAACCCUCACGAGAGCACCAUUCCUGCUACCAACACCGUUCCUCGCUCCUAUGGCAGCGAGCGCAACGUUGGCACUAUCCCUGCUAACACUACUUCCGACAUCCCCGCUGGUGCUAUCCCCAGCGUCCACGGUGGUUACUACACCGCUCCUGGUGUCAACUCCGCUCGUGACUUCUAA